AAAUUUGCUUGCAAGCGAGUGCACUUUUAGAUUAACUGUCAACCGUGUUGGCUUCCUUGGCGUGUGAUAUUUUUGUUAAGAAAUUCGUGAAACCAUAAAAGAUUUAAGGCCUGCAUUCAAAUUUUUGAAGUAACAUAAUCUUCCCUAAAAUAUGGAAAAGUUGCACCAGUAUCAGGGCAUCACUGGGCGCUUUCAUCAAUUAAGAGACAAUAUUAAAGAAUUUUACCAUGGCUUUGAAAGUGAGGAGUCGAAUAUACUACAAAGAGCUAAAGAAAGCGCAUUGGGGCAGCUCAAAGGAAACACAAGUGCUAAUAAGGAUUACUCACACAUAUUUAGAUGCAAAACGCGUGCUGAGUUGAUCCGUGUAUCUGCUGCAGUAAUGGGCAUUGAGUUUUCGUACGCGGCAGAAACAGCAUUUGUGUCUCCAACACUACUCAAAAUCGGAGUUGAGCAUCAGCACAUGACAUUGGUUUGGGCAUUAUCUCCCCUAGUUGGAUUCUUUUUAUGCCCAAUAUUGGGAUCAUUUUCUGACCGAUGCAAGUUAAAUAUGGGACGAAGACGGCCAUUUAUAUUACUGCUAUCAAUCGGAGUGGUUCUUGGACUUCUUUUGGUGCCGAAUGGUGAAAAUUUGGGUUAUUGGUUUGGCGACGAAUAUCACAGCCCGCCAAAUGUAAUUCCUGUAAGCAACGUUACCCAAAAUGGAACUGAAACGAUGCAUGGCUCUUCAAAGAACUCCCAUCCUUGGGGAAUUUUCUUUACUGUUUUGGGAACCGUUUUACUUGACUUUGACGCAGAUGCUUGUCAAAGUCCUUCAAGAGCGUAUUUACUUGAUGUCUGCGUGCCCGAGGAUCAUGCCAAGGGUCUCUCUACUUUCACUAUUAUGGCGGGACUGGGAGGAUUUUUUGGCUAUUCAAUGGGAGGCCUUAACUGGGAUGAAACAGAAAUUGGGCGUCGAUUGGGAGGACAUGUCAAGGCUGUUUUCUCAAUAAUAACUUUUAUAUUUGUCGCUUGUGUUACAUUAACAAUUACCAGUUUUGCUGAAAUACCCCUUUGGGCAAUAUCGAGUAACGAAAACAGGGAUUAUAUGAAGGAAAAAGAACAGUCUGAAGUGCCACUUUCAACUUACGGCGCUCUUGACAAUGAAGUAUCUGUCUUGAAUGAUGAACAUAAGAAACAGCUAACAACUGAAUCUACAGAAGAACAAAUCUCAGCAGUGCAGAAUGUUGAUGAAACUUCAUUCAUGGAAAAUCCAGAAUCUCUACCCGAAAAAACCGAAGUAGAGAAUGUACAACCGAUACAAAGCUCCGUACAAAUAGAGUCAUUGUCACAUUAUUUACUAUCCAUUGUAUACAUGCCACACUCCUUGCGAAUGGUAUGCCUCACGAAUCUGUUUUGUUGGAUGGCGCAUGUUUGCUACUCCCUUUAUUUUACUGAUUUUGUGGGCGAAGCUAUAUUCAAUGGUGACCCAAAGGCAACAGAAGGAUCAGAACCUCAGAUCCGUUAUGAAGAGGGCAUUCGUUUCGGAUGUUGGGGAAUGGCAAUGUAUUCACUGUCAUGUGCUUGCUAUUCCCUUGUUAUAGACAAGCUUAUUCAACGUUUUCGUGCCAAGAAUGUAUACGUUGGAGGUCUUUGUUUCUAUUGUACUGGAAUGGCUUUGAUGGCCUUGACUCGAGCCAAAAGUAGCGUCAUCCUAUUUAGCUGGACAGCGGGCGUUAUGUAUUCAACUCUCUUCACCAUGCCAUAUUUACUUGUAGCACACUACCAUUAUUUGUCCACGUUUGAGUUAGAUGAAAAUGGACAAGCAAAACAUGGCUCAGGCGUUAGAGGACUGGGCACUGAUAUUGCCAUCAUAAGUAGCAUGGUAUUCUUGGCCCAAUUUAUUUUAUCUAUUUGUAUGGGUACAAUUAUUAAAAUAUCGGGUACUACAACCGCUGUUAUUUAUACCGCUAGCUUUUUGAGUCUCUGUGGGGCAUUAUCUGCCACAAAGAUAAUGUAUUUGGACUUAUAAGUGUCAUAUAAAAUAAUAGCAUUUAAUGACGAAAA